UAUAAUAUUAUAACUGAUUUAUAGCUUGCUAUUAUACCUGCUUUAAAUGGGCUAUCUCUCUCUCAUAUUCAAAAGUGCCAAACCCCACAGGGCUAAAAGCCUAAAAGCCACAAAUCACAACCAGGCCAUCUCCUGAAUCUGGUACAUAUCUCACAAAGUCAUAGGCCUCAUAGCUUAGCUAGCGGCUCACAUCUCUCACUCUCUUUCUCCAAAGUCCAAUCUCUCUCUGGUCUCGAUCUACCUAACGUACGUAGCUCGCCGAGGAAGAAGAUCGAACAUUAUGCUUCCGAAGAGCUCGAGCCAGAAGACGCUGCGAGCGGCCAUGCUGGAGGAGAGGGCGGCGUCGGCGACCAGCACGACGACGAUGGCCAGCCGCCUCCUCCACUCGCCGGACGCCGCCGUCUCCAACCCUUCCUUCCGCGUCUACUACGGCGUCGCCUCCGCCGGCUCGGUGCCGUUCCUCUGGGAGUCGGCGCCGGGGACGCCCAAGAACGACGCCAUCUUCGCCGCCGCCCUGCCGCCGCUCACGCCGCCGCCGUCCUACUACACCACCAGCAAGAAGGGCUCCGCCGCCGCCGCCAAGGCCAAGCUCGCCAAGUCCACGUCGUCCAAGCGGCUGCUCUGCUCCUCCUCCAGGCAGGCCGCCAGCUUCGUCCACAGCAUCAUCCCCAAGCUUCGCCGGAGCCACACCAUGCCGUCCCCUAUGAGGAGCUCCGCCUCGGCCACGGCCGCCGCCGCCAGCGACGGCGAGCAGGUGCAGUGCGGCGCCCCGAGGAAGAGGCUGGUGGCGAGCCCGCGGUCGUCGUUCUCGUCCACGUCGAGGGGCGACGACGACGACGGCGAGGUCGCCUCGCCGACGUCCACGCUGUGCUUCCGGACGCGGCACUCCGGCGGCGGCGGCGGCGGCGGCAGGAGACUGCACGGGCUCUUGGCGUCCGUGGUUGGAGGUAACUAGGGUUACAUUUUUUUUCCUGUUCAUGGCGAUGUCUCAUUGCAAGUUUGGAGGCAAUGUCCAUGCGGCGUCACACCAUUGCCUUAUAUGAAAAGAAACGAGUACAUUUUUAGUUGGAUUAGAGUGGAUCAACAAGUACUUACGAACUGACCCACUCAUGUCUCCCUAAGUAUAAGAGGUGAAAUUAAUGGUUGUACGGUUAUAUAAUAUGAAUAUGGACAAUGUACCAAUGUUGCACCAAUGUGUCGAUGAUCUAGUCUUGUAGUAGGGUUUACUUCAGAGGAAGUUGUGCUUUGUUCAUGAAAGAAAUCAACAAUAACGUGUUUGAUACAUAUAUACGGAAAUGACAAUGCGUGUGAAGUGUAUUUGUUACAAACUUUUUACGAAUACUGAUGUGGCAUUCUGCAAUUGAAUCUAGCUUUUCUAUAA